AUGCCGGCUCCAGUGCCAGCUCAGAUACAUGCCAGCUCCAGUGCCCGCUUCUCUGCAAGCUCCAGUGCCCGCUUCUCUGCAAGCUCCAGUGCCCGCUUCGCUUCCAGCUCCAGUACCAGCUCUGAUGCCGCUCCGGUGGCAGCUCCGGUACCCGCUCCAGUACCCGCUCUGGUGCCAGCUCCGGUGCCAGCUCUAACCCUCACUCCUGUGCCCGCUCUUGUGCCCACCCCUGUUCCCGCUCAUGUUCCUGCUCGUCUUCCCGCUCUUGUGUCCGCUCCGGUGACCGCUCGAGUGACUACUCCGGCGUUCGCCUCGAUGCCAGCACCUGUGCCAGCUCCAAUGCCAGCUCCAGUGCCAGCUCUGAUAUAUUCCAGCUCCCUUCACUAUUCCUCCACCACACUGGCACCUCCUCUUCCGCUCUUACUGGUCUUCCCUCUCCCUCUUCGCACUCCCCGCCAACUACUGUUCGUCUCUCUCGCCUAUUCUGCUCAUAUUUGA